AUGCUAACGAGCCGGUGCGUAUUCAUCACAGCGGUGCUGCAACUACUAAUCUCGUUCCCGGCGGUCGCCGGGGAACCACAAAUCGGGCUGCCCGGCUGCCAGACCAGCUGCGGCAACGUGAGCGUGUUCUACCCGUUCGGCAUGGGACCGAAGAGGUGCUACUGGCCGGGUUUGAAGCUCACCUGCGACGACCGCGGAAGCAAACCCCCGCGGCUGCUCUUUGGUGAUGGUGGCGCUGGUGCAUUCGAGGUGGUCGAGAUUUCCCUAGAGAAGCUCACGAUGCGCGUAGUCAGCCACAAACUACAAGCCAUCAACAUCAACAUGAGCAGCGGCGGCUCUGGCCGGUUGAGCCUCGGUUACACCGAGGCCAUCGGCGGGGCGCCGUACUUCCUGCAGCAGGGGGCCAACGAGAUGAUCCUCACCGGGUGCAACGUGCAGGCGACACUGCGGUGUAACGGAAAUAUCGUCAAUCGGUGCGCCUCCUUCUGCCCCAUAUUUACUGACGACAAUGGUAGUCCGCUCCCCGCCCAGUAUUUCGCCGCAGACUACAACUCCAACAGCUGCUCCAACUUGGGCUGCUGCCAGUCGUCCAUCUUGUCCAGCAGCACGUCCUAUGAUGUCGAGGUCAAUCGGCUCGGCGAUUGCCUGCGGUACGGCCCUGUGCCCGACCCGUUUCCCGACGAUGUUCCAAUGAAUGUGCUCAUCGCUGAGGAGGGUUGGUUCUACCCGGAGAAUGUCAUAAAUGUUACCUCGUGGCCCACCGUGAUUUUCCGGUGGGCGGUGCCGCAUGGUGCCGCGGUCCCGGUGGGGCCGUGCCCCGACGAGGCAGCCCGGAGCAUCUGCAAGAGCACCCAUAGCUAUUGCACACAAGAGUGGUCAAAUAUACAGUCGGGGACUAUUCUUGCCAGUGCAACUCCGGCUACACCGGCAACCCUUACCUCACCUAUGGAUGCCAAGAUAUCCAUGUGUGUGAUCAGAAAGAAAAACAUGGCUGCUUCGGCCAUUGUGAGCGACUGCCCGGAUAUGUUAGCUGCCGGUGCCCAGAAGGAACCAAUGGCAACUACUCCAUACCCGGGGGCUGUGUCGCAGACACAAACACAGGUAACUUGGCCUUAAUCAUUGGUUUGUCGGCUGCAAGUGGCCCAUUCAUUCUACUUUUGGUUCUUUGCAUACUCGUAUUGUCAAGUGAUUUUCAGGAACAAAAGCUGAGGAUGUUGAGA